AUGUGCUGCUGGCGCGGGGGGAUGAUGCUGGGGGGGCCGCAGCUGGUGCCGGGCCCGGCGGCGCUGGCGGGGCCCGGCGGGGAGCGGGCCCGGCUGCUCUCGCUCUACGUGCAGGACUAUCUGGAGUGCGUGGAGUCGCUGCCGCUGGACAUCCAGCGCAACGUGUCCCUGCUGCGGGAGCUGGACACGCAGUGCCAAGAAGCAUUAAAAGAAAUCGAUGAUGUCUAUGAGAAAUAUAAGACAGAAAGUGAUCCCAUUCAGAAGAAACGGUUGCAACAGCAUCUUCAGCGAGCACUAAUCAACAGCCAAGAACUGGGAGAUGAGAAAAUUCAAAUAGUUACUCAGAUGCUUGAACUGGUAGAGAAUAGGGCCCGGCAAAUGGAGACCCACUCUCGGUGUUUCCAAGAGUCAGAUAACGAAAAGCCUCUAGAAAAGGCAAAAGUGGAAUCUUGCCAACCAGAAAGAUCUUCGCGUAGACCCCGUCGCCAGCGGACCAGCGAAAGUCGUGAUCUGUGCCAUAUAACAAAUGGGAUUGAAGACUGCGAUGACCAGCCACCUAAAGAAAAGAGAUCCAAAUCGGCCAAGAAAAAGAAACGCUCCAAGGCCAAACAAGAAAGAGAAGUUUCACCUGUUGAAUUUGCAAUAGAUCCCAAUGAGCCAACUUACUGCUUAUGUAACCAAGUGUCCUAUGGAGAGAUGAUAGGAUGUGACAAUGAACAGUGUCCCAUUGAGUGGUUUCAUUUUUCAUGUGUUGGACUCACCUAUAAACCAAAGGGGAAAUGGUAUUGUCCCAAGUGCAGAGGAGAUAAUGAGAAAACUAUGGACAAAUGUACUGACAAAUCAAAAAAGGAUAGAAGAUCGAGGUAGUGAAUGCUAUAAAUGUUUUAAAGGGUUGUGUCUUUUAUAUAAAAAUUGUUUAAUUUACAGAGAACAAUGUUUUAGGAAAAAUGCAUAAGACUAUGCAAUAUUUUUUAAUCUAUAGUAUUAAUGGAGUAUUAAAAUCUGUUAUACUUUCUGUGAUCUUUAACUUUCUGCACUGAAUAACCAAAUAAUUGAAACAGGGUGGCCUCAGAACUGCACAGAUGGAAUUACAAGUAGUGUUGUGGGGUUUUCUGGUUUUUGUUUCACUUAAACUCCCUGUUGUGUUAGCAUUUAAAAAAAAUCCUGAAAUUAAUGGUGGUGGGGAAGCACUGAAAGACUGGUCGUAUUACAAGAGUAUUAAUGGUAUUUAACCUCUCUAGUACUGUUUCACAACCUCAGACAGUUACUGGAAUCUCCAUUUGUUGUGAACUGAAUCUGUUCUACAUCCCAUGCCUCAAGUUUUCAGAUUCUGUGUUAACAUCACAUAAUAUCUGGAAUGGGGGUUCAAGAAUUCAACUGUUAAUUGUAAAAUAGUCUUCCAAGCUAGAAAGCAACCUGUUUCUUCAGUGGCUUUCAUAUGAUGAAUGUAUUAUU